CGUGGGAAUCUUGUCUUCAUCCUCUACAGUCAUGAACGUCGUUCGGGAAAUAAAUAAGAUUAAUGAGCGUGAACUUGAACUCGGGAUUUCAGGUUCAUGGCAUGAUGAAUACAAGGAUUCUGCGUAUGUUUUCAUUGGCGGUCUGCACUUUGACUUGACUGAAGGUGACGUGAUCACCAUAUUUUCCCAGUGCGUCAAUUACUCUAGCUAUUUGAAUAUCGUUGAACCACUUGGAAAGGUAUGGGGAAGUUAUGGAUGUUAAUCUCCCUCGGGACAAAACGACUGGAAACCCGAGGGGAUUUGCCUUCCUUAUGUAUGAAGAUCAAAGGUCCACUGUAUUGGCUGUCGAUAACCUCAACGGUGCCAAUGUCCUGGGCAAGACGCUGCGUGUAGACCACGUAAAGAACUAUAAACAGCCAAAGGUGAAAGGCGGUGAUGGAGAAUGGGAGGAACCUGAGGAACAGAGUUUGAAUGCCAGGCCAGAGAUGAUCAUUGAUGGAGGUCAUGCAUCGGAUUCAGAUGCAUCUUCGGUUAUUUCCAUCGAUCCUGAAGAUCCUAUGCGGGACUACAUUUUGGCACAGAGGAAAGAAGAAAAAGCCCUAAAGAAAUCCAAAAAAUCCAAAAAAUCGAAGAAAUCUAAAACAUCCAAGAAGCGACGCGGUGAUGAUGACAAGAGAUGACAGGAAUGAGUAAUAAGAAGUAUGUUUUUUUUUGUUAUGACUGUGUC